ACAAAGGGCUUCCUCUUUACUUACCUCCUUCUUUGUUCUCCCGCUCCUUCGCGCUGUUUCCGCCACCCUUGGCCUCUCACUCUCAUCGAGUUUUCCAGCUAUUUCUCCCGAUUCUCUUGGGUGAAGUCGGCCGAGUUCGCUUAUAGUUUUUAGGCGGCAAAAAGGCAACAUCAUCACAGGGCGAAACAGCGCUUGCAGGUUGCACAGAGCGAACGGGAAAACUCUGUCAGGCGUGACCUGUUUGCAGCGCCAACCGAGAGGCCAAUCAUCCAACUCCUAAUUUCUUUGUUCCAGAUGCAUCAACCUUUGGUCGGUUUGAUGACGAUUUAAGAGGAAGAGAUUCGUCUAUCUGGAGAGGGUGGGACCAAUCCAGGAGAGCCAUCAUGCCGAUCGGCCAACUGCUCGCCUCCAUCACGGGCGAGACGCCCAAAGCUCCCGCAAUCACAACAAGAACGCCGCCACAACCAACGAAUGGAACAUCAGCGAAGAGGAAGGCCGACGCAGACACGAAGGGUGCUGCCGUGAAAGCCCCCAGGACUGUCCCCACUUCGACUCCCACCACUGGCCCUUCGAAGCCCAAUGGUGAACCUUCCAAGACUUCACGCCCUGCCGAGCGAUCAACAACCGGUUACACUGGUUCAGCAAGACCAACAUCGAAUACAGGGUCGAGGUCUCUUGCGGCGGAUAGACCUGCCUCAUCCGUCUCCAAGAAACCGACCCUAGCACAAAACGGCAGACCCUCGCCAACGUCUGCAUCUUUUCCGGGCAGUGGUCGAAGCAUUCCGUCUGCAACUUCCUCACUUACGAAGCGCUCGGGGGCGGUGACAGCCGCAGGUCAACCGGCCACCUCAGACCCUCCCGCCAAAGUACCCAAGAAGGGAUCUAUCGCCGAAAUCAAGGCCCGGGCCGCUGCUCAGCAGCAAAAGCUGCAGGCCAUAGGAAAGAUUCAGCACAAAGCUACCGAGAGGGUGCCCACCAGGAAGGAACGCGAGGAGGCUGCUGCAGAGGAGCUGCGCGCCGCAAAGAAGGGUGUCAGGCCAGGAAUGAAGCCAGGUGUUGUUGGGCUUCCGGGCAGAAAUGGAGCAAAUGGCAUGCAACGCAGUAACGGGCACCUCGACCGAAGCAGGGGAGCAGUACAGAAGCCCGUGACGGGAAAAGUUGGCAAGGCUGCCAUGGUAGAAGAACGAAAGCCCAAGAAGGCCGCCGUUACCACGGGCUACCUCGGGUCUGCCCGACCCCCUCCGAGCAAGGCCAAGCCUGGCUCCUCACGGCCUGGUGUACCUGGAGCUGGCCUUGUACGUGACCGCGAUCGCGAGGGUAGCAGCAGACGACCCAAUCCGAUGGGCAUGUUCUCCAAGCCACGACGUCAGCGGGAUGAAGACUACGACGAGGACAUGGAUGACUUUGUUGUCGAUGACGAAGAGGAAGAAGACGAUGGCUACGGUUACGGCUCGCGCUACCGGUACGCCGAAGAUGAGGAUGAGUCGGAUAUGGAAGCCGGAUACUCUGAUGUGGAGGAUGAGGAGGCUGCGGCCGCCAGGCUGGCCAGGCUUGAGGACGCCCGUGAAGAAGCUCUCCUGGAGAAGCGGAAGCGCGAGAAAGAGGCUCGCAAGAGGGCUGUUCUUCAAAGGCGCUAA